CGGAAGAUAUUCCUAGCAAGUUCUGGUUCAAAAAUGACAAGCCUGUGCAUAUAUCGUGUGGAGAUGAACAUACCGCUAUUGUUACAGAUGGAGUUGGAUGAUACAGUGGAAUUGCAGCCCUUGAUGAAUGACAUUGAACUGCAGUAAUGCCUGGAAUAAAAGCUCCAGAAGAGCAUGCCGAUAAUGAGUUUACUGAGAAGGGUACAGACCCUGCAAGAAACCAGGAGCUUCUUGAAGCCCAGCUGAACCUGACAUAGAAGAGAUAAAGGACAAAAAUCACUGAGGAAGGAAAAGCAUCUCGUGCAGGUAAUGGUAAACUGUACAUGUUUGGCAGUAACAACUGGGGCCAAUUAGGACUAGGAUCAAAGAACACUGUCAGCAAACCAACAUGUGUUAAAGCUUUAAAACCAGAAAAAACAAAACUUGCUGUUUGUGGAAGAAACCACACUUUAGUUUACACAGAAAAAGGAAAUGUGUAUGCUGCUGGAGGUAACAGUGAAGGUCAGUUGGGAUUAGGUGACACAGAGGAAAGGACCACAUUUCAUUUAAUUAGUUUUUUUACCAACCAGCACAAGAUCAAACAGCUAGCAGCUGGAUCGUACACCUCAGCGGCAGUAACUGAAGAUGGGCAGCUUUUUGUGUGGGGUGACAAUUCAGAAGGUCAGAUUGGCUUGGCUGAUGAAGCCUGUGUCAAUGUCCCUUGUCAAGUGGAUGUUGGAAAACCUGUUUCUUCUGUAUCCUGUGGAUAUUAUCACUCUGCCUUGAUAACCGGAGAUGGUGAGCUCUAUACUUUUGGAGAACCUGAGAAUGGGAAACUGGGAUUAUUGCCUGAACAGCUGAAGAACAAUAGAGUCCCACAGCCUGUACUGGGAAUUAUGGAAAAGGUUAAUAAGGUUGCUUGUGGCGGAGAGCACACAGUGGUGCUGACAGAGACAGAUGUAUAUACUUUUGGGCUUGGACAAUAUGGGCAGCUGGGACAUGGUACUUUUACAUUUGAAACUUCAGUACCGAAGUCUGUGAAACACUUGAGGAGGCAUAAAAUAUGUAACAUUACAUGUGGGGAAAAUCAUACUGCUGUAAUUGCAGAGAAUGGCCUCAUGUUUACUUUUGGAGAUGGGCGACACGGCAAGUUAGGACUUGGAGAAGAGAAUUUUACAAAUCAGUUUGAUCCCACUCUGUGUUAUAAUUUCUUGAGGUUCACAGUCCUUCUGGUUGCUUGUGGUGGUUGUCACAUGCUAGUUUUUGCUGCUCCAAGACCUAAAGGAUCUGAAGAAAUACCCUUAGAAGAUUUAUAUGAGAGCCGUUUGACUGCUACUACCUCUAAAAUCAGUGGAGACUCACUACUAACAAACACCUUACAACUAACAUCAGCACGAAUGCGACGUCGAGAGAGGGAAAAGUCACCAGAACAGUUUAUUCGAAUGGCACGAACUCUGCCUCCACUGGGAGAAAGCUUCUUAAAAUCUUCAUUGCCUAUGACUAGCAACACUAGCCCACUCUGUUUUUCUGCAAGAAGUCUUCCUAAAGCUGAACCUGUGAAGGGUAGAGACCAUGAAAAAGAAAAGAAUCCUCAAAAAGAUAAACCUGAUGAAGGUUCUGCAGAAGAAGAUUCAGAUAAUGAAAAUAAUGACAGAAACCUUGGAGAUACAACUGACAUCUUAAAUAUGACACAUGCAAUGAAAUUGAAUCCCAGUGACCAGUCCUUAAAAUUAUCACCACUCCAAAAACAAAAGGAACAAAACUUGUCUGGGGAUGAAGAGACAGAUGAUGAUGAAGAAGAAGAAGAAGAAGAAGAUGAAACAGAAGAAGAAGAAAAAGAAGAAGAAGGGGAAGAAGCAGGAGGAGGAGGGGAAGGAACAGAGAAAGAAGAGGAAGCAGAGGGAAGAUAUGACAAAGAGAAACACAGUAAAACACCUGAGGGAGAGAAAACCAGUGAUAGCACAGUGGAAACUGUAGAGACAGAAGAGACUACUCAGAAAGAGACCAUCAUUCAGCAGGAGAAAGAAAGCACUGACAAUCACACUGUGAACAAUUCUUCAGAGAGCACUGAUGACCAAAUAACUGGAGGAAUGAUUGGGAAAAAAAAGUUUUCCCUGUUCAAGCGAAAGCCACUGACAGGCCAGAAGAAUGUAUGUAGCGGAAAGGAGGAUAGAUCUGGAAAGCCAUUACAGAGUGAACAAGAAAAAGAAAAGGAAGAUUUAUCUGGUGAAAACAGUAAAGAUGAAAACCAGAAUCAUACAUUGGAGAAUCCCAGGGAAACUGUGACUAACCAGGACAGGAGGAUGAGAUCUUCUACUUGUAUAUUACUCUAACACUGUUAUAGUACAUAAGACUGUGACAGGCUUAAAGCACAUAGUGCAAUUUUUACUUGAAAGCGGUUACGAUUCACUAGAGAUGUUGAUGGUUGCUUUUUUGAUGGAUUUGAUUGCUGUGAUUUUAAACAUGCAGACCAUUUUCUUGAUAUUUAUUGGUAAUUUUAAUAGUUGCAAUUGAUAUGCUUAUCAGCAUCUUGCUGGAGUUCUGUGGCCUUAACUGUUAGUGUUGUAAAACAAAAUAUAUUUUUUUAUGUGAAAAGUUGAAUACAGGCAUUUCAUGGGUCUUGCUCAAUAGUUUCAGUCUGUUUCAGUCUACGGAGUACCACUUUCAGUAUGAUACACUUGCAAAAUUGUAAUAUUUGAUGUAAGGUAUUAUUUGGUUUAACAAAUUAGGUAAGAAUA